UUUUUGGUAACAAUUAAAGGGCCUCCCGGUGAACGCAGAAAGCUGUUUAUUUUCUGUUACAUCACUUCGCUUGCCUUCGAAGACUGCUCUGUGCUCACGGGUUUUCUGUGAUGUGAGUCGGCUCUCUCCCUCCAGCAGUUGGCUCGCUCCCAUCUCACAGCACCUCACAGGUCUCUUCCCCCGAGCAGUGCACUGCCUGAGCCGAGGAACAGCUCACGAAUCAGCUGGAGGUCCCUGUUUUGAAAAGGCAGUUACAGAGGCAGAGAAGGGUGGACUCCUAUAUGACCUGUUCCUAGAUCAAGACAAUCAGCAGCUGAAUUCCAGAAGCCCUGUUCAUGUGUGGGGAUAUUUUCUCGACUGCAUGGAAUCAGAAAGAAGCAGAAGGAUGGGAAAUGCCUGCAUCCCCCUGAAAAGAAUUGCCUAUUUCCUAUGCCUCUUUUCUGUGGUUUUGCUGACUGAGGGGAAGAAACCAGCGAAGCCAAAAUGCCCUGCCGUGUGUACUUGUACCAAAGAUAACGCUCUAUGUGAGAAUGCGAGAUCCAUUCCACGCACCGUUCCUCCUGAUGUUAUCUCACUAUCCUUUGUGAGAUCUGGUUUUACUGAAAUCUCAGAAGGGAGUUUUUUAUUCACACCAUCGCUGCAGCUCUUGUUAUUCACAUCCAACUCCUUUGAUGUGAUCAGUGAUGAUGCUUUUAUCGGUCUUCCACAUCUAGAAUAUUUAUUCAUAGAAAACAACAAUAUCAAGUCCAUUUCAAGACAUACUUUCCGGGGACUCAAGUCCUUAAUUCACCUGAGUCUUGCAAACAACAAUCUGCAGACACUCCCAAAAGAUAUUUUCAAAGGCCUGGAUUCUUUAACGAAUGUGGACCUGAGAGGGAACUCAUUUAAUUGUGACUGUAAGUUGAAGUGGCUGGUGGAAUGGCUUGGCCACACCAAUGCAACUGUGGAAGACAUCUACUGUGAAGGCCCGCCGGAAUAUAAGAAGCGCAAAAUCAAUAGCCUCUCCCCCAAGGACUUUGAUUGUAUCAUUACAGAAUUUGCAAAAUCCCAAGACCUGCCUUAUCAGUCACUGUCCAUAGAUACCUUUUCUUAUAUGAAUGAUGAAUAUGUGGUCAUUGCUCAGCCUUUUACUGGAAAAUGUAUUUUCCUGGAAUGGGACCAUGUAGAGAAGACCUUCCGGAAUUAUGACAACAUUACAGGCACGUCCACUGUGGUGUGCAAGCCUAUAGUCAUUGACACUCAGCUCUAUGUCAUUGUGGCCCAGCUGUUUGGUGGCUCUCAUAUCUAUAAGCGAGAUGGCUUUGCAAACAAAUUCAUAAAAAUCCAGGAUAUUGAAGUUCUCAAAAUCCGAAAACCCAAUGACAUCGAAACAUUCAAGAUUGAAAACAACUGGUACUUUGUCGUUGCUGAUAGUUCCAAAGCUGGGUUUACUACCAUUUACAAGUGGAAUGGAAAUGGAUUCUACUCCCACCAAUCCUUACACGCCUGGUACAGGGAUACGGAUGUGGAGUACCUAGAAAUAGCCAGAACACCACUGACCCUCAGAACACCUCAUUUGAUCCUGUCCAGUAGUUCCCAGCGCCCUGUGAUCUACCAGUGGAGCAAAGCAACCCAGCUAUUUACCAACCAAACUGACAUUCCCAACAUGGAGGAUGUGUAUGCUGUGAAGCACUUCUCCGUAAAAGGCGAUGUGUACAUUUGCUUGACCAGAUUCAUUGGCGACUCCAAAGUCAUGAAGUGGGGCGGCUCUUCCUUCCAGGACAUUCAGAGGAUGCCAUCACGGGGAUCCAUGGUGUUCCAGCCCCUUCAGAUAAAUAAUUACCAAUAUGCAAUUCUCGGAAGUGACUACUCCUUCACUCAAGUGUAUAACUGGGACGCAGAGAAAGCCAAAUUUGUGAAAUUUCAGGAAUUAAAUGUUCAAGCACCCAGAUCGUUCACACACGUGUCCAUUAAUAAGCGUAAUUUCCUUUUCGCUUCCAGUUUUAAGGGAAACACGCAGAUAUACAAACAUGUUAUAGUUGACUUAAGCGCAUGAGACACCAAAUUCCAUGGCUGCCAUCGGAAACUUUCUACAGUCUGUGACCUGGAUGAACUCAAUGCAUGAUGACUCUUCUUAUCACACUUGCAGAUGAAUGCCUUUCAACAUCGAGACUGCUGAAGCCAACACUACCAGUAUCACCAUCCUUAACUGUCCAAGCCAGUGGUGUGGGAAGUAACCUUUUAUAAGACAAAGUUUCAUUACGUAACUGUUCUUUGCAGUGAAGAUGUGUACAUAAGCGUUUAAUGGUAUCUGUUACUCCGAAAAAGAAAUAUUCAUAUGUACUUUUCCAUUUAUUUAUUCACAUGUUCAGAAACAACUGCCAAAUAAAAUGUUUACAUUUUCUUUCAUA